AUGGACAAAAAAUGCUGCCCUGGUUGGGAAGGCAAAGACUGCAAGGAAGCUGUUUGCAAAGAUACAUGCAAAAACGGCGGCCUUUGCCUCAAGCCUGGUCAGUGCUCUUGUCCAGAUAAAUACGUCGGAAGAACUUGUGAGGAUGAAAUUUCAGCCGUCGAUAGCCAGUCGAAGUACUGCUAUCAGCGUGAAGACUGCGAUGGCGAGAGGAAGGAUGGUUAUGAAGGCCUCACCACGAAGGACGAAUGCUGUAGGGGUAAAGCUGGAAGUUGGGGUCUUGCAGAGGGUUCCGAUGCCAGCAGCUGCAAGCCAUGCGGUGCAGCGAAGAUUGGCGAUAAGACAUACAUGACCACAGCGAAGAAUGAGAAUUACAAUUUUGCCACAUGUGUUUCAUAUGGCAUUAACAACUUCCGAACCUUUGAUGGACUCAGGGUUGCCUACAAAGCAAGGUGUAUCUUUACCAUGGUGAAAGAUCGGCAGUCCCAGAUGUACGUUAAGAUCGAGUUCACAACAUGCUGGACGGCCAGUUCUUGUAAAAAGAUCAUCUACGUAAAAACCUAUAGCGGCUUGUUCGUAAUUAGCGGAAUGAAGGUUACCUACAAAGACGAUGUCUCCUUAAAGAAGUUCGAAACAAACUUGGAAAACGAUGAGGUCUUCCCACCCGAAAGUCUUGCUACAGCAGACAAAAUCCGUCGAAAUAAGGCAGGGGACAACUACCUAGACGCCGCAGGAGGCAUAGUGUCUCUCAAAUGGGACAGUAGGGGUCACAAUGUCUUUAUCACAAUGACGAAAGCUGCCGUGGAAAAAACUAAAGUCGAGGGCAUCUGUGGUAACUUCGAUGAGGAUCCAUUAAACGAUUUCGAAACUGCUGGGCAGGGCGCGACCUUGCCCGAGUUCUUCCUCUACUACAAGGAAUCAUCAGUUGUGUGCCCGGAUGGUGGCAGCACCGUGGCCUGCAAAAAUGAAGCAGACAAGAUUGCGGCCACCGAAAGAUGUUCCCCUUUCAAGACAAAAUUCGCUUUUUGUGGAGACAAAUAUGAAAACGUGAAUAGCUGGUUCGACGAUUGUGUCAACGCUCACUGUCAGCUUGCAAACACCCCAGGUACAACUGCUGAAGAUUUGGACGAGGCUGUGUGUGACUUGGCCGCCUGUCUGUCCAGGUUGUGCGCUGAAGUGGGUAUGGUUGGCGAAUGGCGGUCCCAAAAGUUCUGCCCCAAAACAUGCCCUAAUGGCUUGGUGUUCAAGGAAGCUGCAAGCACCUGCGACCUAAUGUUCUGUGGUCAGGUAAAAAUGCCAGCAGAGGAAUGCAAAAAGACACACCCAGAUUGUGUCUGUCCGACAGGAACGUUGAUGUACAAGUCUAAGUGUAUUGAACCCAAGGAAUGUCCUUGUAUAUUCAAAGGCAAAGAAUACGUAAGGGGUGACCGUGUCUAUCAGGGCUGCCGAGAGUGUGAGUGCGCCGAAACUGCAACACGUGGAACAAGAUGGAUAUGUCCAAACACUUUGUGCACGCAGCGCUGUACUGUUUUCGGCAACGCAAUCAUUCCAUUCAUUGGUGAUCUGUACCACAUCGACGUCGGGUCAUGUCCUAUGGAAGUUUUGGCGCCAAGGCCAGAUCAUGUUCAAGACGCAAAAGCAAACAUUGUUAUCACAUCGCAGCGAAAGGAUUGUGAAAGCGGUAAAUGCCUCAUUUCGAUUAAAAUCAUAGUUGGCGACAAUCUGACCAUGUCUGUUACACCAACGGGAGGCAGUGGUGAAGCCUUGCUCAUCGUAGAAAACGGAAAGGUGAUUACCACUCUUCCUCACAAGGACGAUGUCUUCACAAUUCGAAAGCCAACAAAUCUGUACUACGUCAUAGAAGUCUUGCGUACCGUCACUCUCGAAUAUAACGGCGACUUUAGGACCUUCUACGUCAGGGCUAAACCCUAUUUACUUAACAAGAUGAUGGGACUUUGCAGCACGAUUGACGAAAUCGGUAACAUAUAUGCUACUUCAGCCGGAUUUACUGUCAACAAAGAAAAAUUUGUGGAGUCGCAUGCUCAUAUGAACUCCGGAGAAAAUCAGAAGCUUUGUUCUAACCUCAACUGGGUUCCACAAGAGGGUCCAUGCGCAUCAAAUGAUGCUCGCAGGGAGGAGAUCAUGAAAAAAUGCAGUCGUAUUCUGGACCCCAGUGGUCCAUUUGGCAAAUGCUUGAAAGAUCAGGUUGACCUGCAAUCGUACUACACAAUGUGCGUUUCGGAGAUGUGUGGAAAUAAGGAGGAGGAUUCAUUAAAGACCAUGUGCGCCGCCUACAGCAUUGCUGGACGAAAAUGCAGCUCAGAGGGAGUGACCGUUGACUGGAUUCUGCAGGAGUCGGAAUGCCGAUCCAUAUUUAACUGUGUCAACAAGGAAUACGUCGAGUGUUCCGAAAACUGUCACUCAGCUUGUGCUGAUGUUCAAGCCCGAGUCAAAUGUAACCGAUAUGAAUGCGUUCCCGGUUGUCGAUGCCCAAAAGGUCUACUCACGGCAACAGAUUCAGACGGAAAUAGAGGCCGAGUUUGCAUUGAAAGAAGUAAAUGCAAGUGCAAGAACCCAUACCAAGAGAAAGGUGUCCUGCAACCUGGGGAUGUAAUCUCAUUGACUUGUCUUAAAUGUGUGUGUGAAAAUGCUCUGUUGACGUGCACUAAGAAAGAUGAUAAAAAAUGCACGGAGAACGUCACAUGCCCAACGGGCAAAGUUCAUUUUAAGAAUCCACAACAAAUCCCCACGCAGAUGAAGUGUGGACAAGAUUUCGCUAUGUCCACGGAGACAGCCAACAGACCACUAUGCGUAUGCCCCCAGGGAAAGUACCGUGCCUAUACGUCAGAUGGGAAUAAAUUUUCCUGUGUGGAAGUGAAUAAAUGUCCUUGCUAUAAACCAUUCAUGAUGCCACCUAACUCAGAGUUCAAUAUGGGUGGUUGCGCGGAGUUGAAAUGCAUAAAUGGAGUCGUUCAAAAGAUCAGAGACAUCGACUGUUACAAAACUUGCCAUGCCAUCGGAGACCCGCAUUACAGAUCAUUUGACGGGAAGGCAUUUUCUAUCCAAGGAACAUGCAAAUAUCUCCUCUUGGAUUUAAAACUUCAUAAUGUCAAGAUAUAUGCCAAAAAUGAACAAUGUGGAACCACUGGAGUGACAUGUACCAAGAGUGUCGAAAUGCUCGUGGAUGGUCUCAAAAUCGUACUUAGCAGAGACAGGCCUAUUACUGCCGGCUCGUUAACUAUCAAUAAUUCAGACAAACAGUUCCUCGAUGGGGAUUUGCUUUACAAGAAAGUUGGUCAGCAAAAAAUUGUGAUUGAAUCACAUAGUAAAGGAUUCAAGGCAGAAUGGGACGGACUUACCACUCUUCGCAUCGGCGUAAUGAAGAAGCACAGAUUCAAAAUUAAUGGAGGAUUAUGUGGCGACUAUGAUGGCAACCCCGACAAUGAUUUCACCACCAGUACCAAUGGCCUGACGGAAAGUGCUGACACAUUUGCGUCUAGUUGGGCUUCCGAGGAAUGCAAGCAAGACGUGAAGCCCCCUGGGGAUGAUGUCCAACCGUGUCAUGGAGUCGAGUACAGGGAAGCCUGGGCAAAGCAGAUGUGUGGUAUCAUCAAAGAUACAAAAGGUGUAUUUAAGGAUUGUCUGGAAGUCAACCCAAUGGCUGAAUUAUUCUACAAGUGGUGUCAAUAUGACGCCUGUCGAUGUGACCGUGGAGGCGACUGCGAGUGUUUGUGCACAGUCUUGGCUGCGUUUGCUGAGACCUGCUCUAAUCUUCGGAUGCCUGCGAAGUGGAGAUCACAAAAGCUUUGCCCAAUCAUGUGUGAAGGUGGCGCUAUUUACAGACCUUAUGGACCCUAUUGCCAGGAGACUUGUAUGGAUUUGAGUCUUGGACGCAACAUCACCGACGAAUGCAAGAACACCCCAAAUGGCUUAGAAGGUUGCUUCUGUCCAGAAGGAACCGUUCUGGAAGCUACAAGUGUGCCGACGACAACGAUAACGCCUUGCUUAUCCGUGUCUGCCAUGACAAACAAGACUCUGAUUCCAAUUGAAAACAUCAAUAUCAAAUCGGAUGGAAAAAAUGAAACCGACGAUAAGAAAAAGGAGGCCAUUCGGCCAGGGCAGAACAAAGAACCAUUCAAGGGCAAGGGUCCGAUUGAAGUUACCGUCGUUUUGAGUGAGACGACCGCGAAAGAACUUGACCUGAUUGUGCUGCUGAAAACAGUCAACGUAAAAUCCUUCUCAGUGCAGACAAGAAAAUUUCCGACCGACUCAUUAAAGGACAUCGAUAAAGGUUCAAUAACCCGGCAAAGCCAGCCAGGUACUGAUAAUAAGUUCAGUAAUGAUACUAGAAUCAAGUUCAAACCAGGAUCAGUUGCGGUAGUGGUACAGAUUGUUGUGUAUCCUAUUGAUGAGUCUGACAAUAUCGAACUACAAGUGAAAAUCAAGGUGUGCUUAGAACUGGGAUCAACUACCACAGGCACAACUACUCCUCCAGUCACAACUACACCGGAAAUUUGCCUGGAGAACGCGAAAACAAUUGACUAUUUAAAAAGCGACGAUGUUUUGGUCACUGCCAGCUCUUCCGCACCCCUCAACUUCGCAAAAAAUGCCCUUGAGGGUGGAGGAUUGUUCACGUGGAUCGAUGAUGACUGGAGCCAGCGUGAAGUAUAUUGGUUGCUCAAACUCAACAAUAUUCCUGGAAGCAAUCCCAUUAUUGACGAAGUCACGGCAACAAUUGGUCCUGUCGGCCCAGGACUUACAGUCAAGUUUGCGACAAGUCCUGAUGGCAUCAACUGGAGUGACAGAGCAACUUUUGAUAAUUUCAUGAUUACGGAAGGAAAGACAAUUCGAAGCCGUUUGCCAGGAACAAAUGGCGACAGUUUCUUACGGAUUGCUGUUUCUGGCGAAAUUGAGAAACCUAAAAUUGGUGGAAUCAGUGUCCAUGCUUGCUAUGAAAGUGAAGCCACCACUACAACUACAACCGCCGCUACAACAUCAGUUUCUACAACAACCAAGUGCACGGAGUAUCAGUGCAAUACCGGAGAGUGUAUUAAGAACACUUCCGUCUGCAAUGGCGAAUUUGACUGCCCAGGUCGUGAAGACGAAUACGAUUGCACUUCUGUGACGACUACAAGUGUGCCGACGACAACGAUAACGCCUUGCUUAUCCGUGUCUGCCAUGACAAACAAGACUCUGAUUCCAAUUGAAAACAUCAAUAUCAAAUCGGAUGGAAAAAAUGAAACCGACGAUAAGAAAAAGGAGGCCAUUCGGCCAGGGCAGAACAAAGAACCAUUCAAGGGCAAGGGUCCGAUUGAAGUUACCGUCGUUUUGAGUGAGACGACCGCGAAAGAACUUGACCUGAUUGUGCUGCUGAAAACAGUCAACGUAAAAUCCUUCUCAGUGCAGACAAGAAAAUUUCCGACCGACUCAUUAAAGGACAUCGAUAAAGGUUCAAUAACCCGGCAAAGCCAGCCAGGUACUGAUAAUAAGUUCAGUAAUGAUACUAGAAUCAAGUUCAAACCAGGAUCAGUUGCGGUAGUGGUACAGAUUGUUGUGUAUCCUAUUGAUGAGUCUGACAAUAUCGAACUACAAGUGAAAAUCAAGGUGUGCUUAGAACUGGGAUCAACUACCACAGCCACCACUACAACUACAACCGCCGCUACAACAUCAGUUUCUACAACAACCAAGUGCACGGAGUAUCAGUGCAAUACCGGAGAGUGUAUUAAGAACACUUCCGUCUGCAAUGGCGAAUUUGACUGCCCAGGUCGUGAAGACGAAUACGAUUGCACUUCUGUGACGACUACAAGUGUGCCGACGACAACGAUAACGCCUUGCUUAUCCGUGUCUGCCAUGACAAACAAGACUCUGAUUCCAAUUGAAAACAUCAAUAUCAAAUCGGAUGGAAAAAAUGAAACCGACGAUAAGAAAAAGGAGGCCAUUCGGCCAGGGCAGAACAAAGAACCAUUCAAGGGCAAGGGUCCGAUUGAAGUUACCGUCGUUUUGAGUGAGACGACCGCGAAAGAACUUGACCUGAUUGUGCUGCUGAAAACAGUCAACGUAAAAUCCUUCUCAGUGCAGACAAGAAAAUUUCCGACCGACUCAUUAAAGGACAUCGAUAAAGGUUCAAUAACCCGGCAAAGCCAGCCAGGUACUGAUAAUAAGUUCAGUAAUGAUACUAGAAUCAAGUUCAAACCAGGAUCAGUUGCGGUAGUGGUACAGAUUGUUGUGUAUCCUAUUGAUGAGUCUGACAAUAUCGAACUACAAGUGAAAAUCAAGGUGUGCUUAGAACUGGGAUCAACUACCACAGCCACCACUACAACUACAACCGCCGCUACAACAUCAGUUUCUACAACAACCAAGUGCACGGAGUAUCAGUGCAAUACCGGGGAGUGUAUUAAGAACACUUCCGUCUGCAAUGGCGAAUUUGACUGCCCAGGUCGUGAAGACGAAUACGAUUGCACUUCUGUGACGACUACAAGUGUGCCGACGACAACGAUAACGCCUUGCUUAUCCGUGUCUGCCAUGACAAACAAGACUCUGAUUCCAAUUGAAAACAUCAAUAUCAAAUCGGAUGGAAAAAAUGAAACCGACGAUAAGAAAAAGGAGGCCAUUCGGCCAGGGCAGAACAAAGAACCAUUCAAGGGCAAGGGUCCGAUUGAAGUUACCGUCGUUUUGAGUGAGACGACCGCGAAAGAACUUGACCUGAUUGUGCUGCUGAAAACAGUCAACGUAAAAUCCUUCUCAGUGCAGACAAGAAAAUUUCCGACCGACUCAUUAAAGGACAUCGAUAAAGGUUCAAUAACCCGGCAAAGCCAGCCAGGUACUGAUAAUAAGUUCAGUAAUGAUACUAGAAUCAAGUUCAAACCAGGAUCAGUUGCGGUAGUGGUACAGAUUGUUGUGUAUCCUAUUGAUGAGUCUGACAAUAUCGAACUACAAGUGAAAAUCAAGGUGUGCUUAGAACUGGGAUCAACUACCACAGGCACAACUACUCCUCCAGUCACAACUACACCGGAAAUUUGCCUGGAGAACGCGAAAACAAUUGACUAUUUAAAAAGCGACGAUGUUUUGGUCACUGCCAGCUCUUCCGCACCCCUCAACUUCGCAAAAAAUGCCCUUGAGGGUGGAGGAUUGUUCACGUGGAUCGAUGAUGACUGGAGCCAGCGUGAAGUAUAUUGGUUGCUCAAACUCAACAAUAUUCCUGGAAGCAAUCCCAUUAUUGACGAAGUCACGGCAACAAUUGGUCCUGUCGGCCCAGGACUUACAGUCAAGUUUGCGACAAGUCCUGAUGGCAUCAACUGGAGUGACAGAGCAACUUUUGAUAAUUUCAUGAUUACGGAAGGAAAGACAAUUCGAAGCCGUUUGCCAGGAACAAAUGGCGACAGUUUCUUACGGAUUGCUGUUUCUGGCGAAAUUGAGAAACCUAAAAUUGGUGGAAUCAGUGUCCAUGCUUGCUAUGAAAGUGAAGCCACCACUACAACUACAACCGCCGCUACAACAUCAGUUUCUACAACAACCAAGUGCACGGAGUAUCAGUGCAAUACCGGAGAGUGUAUUAAGAACACUUCCGUCUGCAAUGGCGAAUUUGACUGCCCAGGUCGUGAAGACGAAUACGAUUGCACUUCUGUGACGACUACAAGUGUGCCGACGACAACGAUAACGCCUUGCUUAUCCGUGUCUGCCAUGACAAACAAGACUCUGAUUCCAAUUGAAAACAUCAAUAUCAAAUCGGAUGGAAAAAAUGAAACCGACGAUAAGAAAAAGGAGGCCAUUCGGCCAGGGCAGAACAAAGAACCAUUCAAGGGCAAGGGUCCGAUUGAAGUUACCGUCGUUUUGAGUGAGACGACCGCGAAAGAACUUGACCUGAUUGUGCUGCUGAAAACAGUCAACGUAAAAUCCUUCUCAGUGCAGACAAGAAAAUUUCCGACCGACUCAUUAAAGGACAUCGAUGAAGGUUCAAUAACCCGGCAAAGCCAGCCAGGUACUGAUAAUAGGUUCAGUAAUGAUACUAGAAUCAAGUUCAAACCAGGAUCAGUUGCGGUAGUGGUACAGAUUGUUGUGUAUCCUAUUGAUGAGUCUGACAAUAUCGAACUACAAGUGAAAAUCAAGGUGUGCUUAGAACUGGGAUCAACUACCACAGCCACCACUACAACUACAACCGCCGCUACAACAUCAGUUUCUACAACAACCAAGUGCACGGAGUAUCAGUGCAAUACCGGAGAGUGUAUUAAGAACACUUCCGUCUGCAAUGGCGAAUUUGACUGCCCAGGUCGUGAAGACGAAUACGAUUGCACUUCUGUGACGACUACAAGUGUGCCGACGACAACGAUAACGCCUUGCUUAUCCGUGUCUGCCAUGACAAACAAGACUCUGAUUCCAAUUGAAAACAUCAAUAUCAAAUCGGAUGGAAAAAAUGAAACCGACGAUAAGAAAAAGGAGGCCAUUCGGCCAGGGCAGAACAAAGAACCAUUCAAGGGCAAGGGUCCGAUUGAAGUUACCGUCGUUUUGAGUGAGACGACCGCGAAAGAACUUGACCUGAUUGUGCUGCUGAAAACAGUCAACGUAAAAUCCUUCUCAGUGCAGACAAGAAAAUUUCCGACCGACUCAUUAAAGGACAUCGAUAAAGGUUCAAUAACCCGGCAAAGCCAGCCAGGUACUGAUAAUAAGUUCAGUAAUGAUACUAGAAUCAAGUUCAAACCAGGAUCAGUUGCGGUAGUGGUACAGAUUGUUGUGUAUCCUAUUGAUGAGUCUGACAAUAUCGAACUACAAGUGAAAAUCAAGGUGUGCUUAGAACUGGGAUCAACUACCACAGGCACAACUACUCCUCCAGUCACAACUACACCGGAAAUUUGCCUGGAGAACGCGAAAACAAUUGACUAUUUAAAAAGCGACGAUGUUUUGGUCACUGCCAGCUCUUCCGCACCCCUCAACUUCGCAAAAAAUGCCCUUGAGGGUGGAGGAUUGUUCACGUGGAUCGAUGAUGACUGGAGCCAGCGUGAAGUAUAUUGGUUGCUCAAACUCAACAAUAUUCCUGGAAGCAAUCCCAUUAUUGACGAAGUCACGGCAACAAUUGGUCCUGUCGGCCCAGGACUUACAGUCAAGUUUGCGACAAGUCCUGAUGGCAUCAACUGGAGUGACAGAGCAACUUUUGAUAAUUUCAUGAUUACGGAAGGAAAGACAAUUCGAAGCCGUUUGCCAGGAACAAAUGGCGACAGUUUCUUACGGAUUGCUGUUUCUGGCGAAAUUGAGAAACCUAAAAUUGGUGGAAUCAGUGUCCAUGCUUGCUAUGAAAGUGAAGCCACCACUACAACUACAACCGCCGCUACAACAUCAGUUUCUACAACAACCAAGUGCACGGAGUAUCAGUGCAAUACCGGAGAGUGUAUUAAGAACACUUCCGUCUGCAAUGGCGAAUUUGACUGCCCAGGUCGUGAAGACGAAUACGAUUGCACUUCUGUGACGACUACAAGUGUGCCGACGACAACGAUAACGCCUUGCUUAUCCGUGUCUGCCAUGACAAACAAGACUCUGAUUCCAAUUGAAAACAUCAAUAUCAAAUCGGAUGGAAAAAAUGAAACCGACGAUAAGAAAAAGGAGGCCAUUCGGCCAGGGCAGAACAAAGAACCAUUCAAGGGCAAGGGUCCGAUUGAAGUUACCGUCGUUUUGAGUGAGACGACCGCGAAAGAACUUGACCUGAUUGUGCUGCUGAAAACAGUCAACGUAAAAUCCUUCUCAGUGCAGACAAGAAAAUUUCCGACCGACUCAUUAAAGGACAUCGAUAAAGGUUCAAUAACCCGGCAAAGCCAGCCAGGUACUGAUAAUAGGUUCAGUAAUGAUACUAGAAUCAAGUUCAAACCAGGAUCAGUUGCGGUAGUGGUACAGAUUGUUGUGUAUCCUAUUGAUGAGUCUGACAAUAUCGAACUACAAGUGAAAAUCAAGGUGUGCUUAGAACUGGGAUCAACUACCACAGCCACCACUACAACUACAACCGCCGCUACAACAUCAGUUUCUACAACAACCAAGUGCACGGAGUAUCAGUGCAAUACCGGAGAGUGUAUUAAGAACACUUCCGUCUGCAAUGGCGAAUUUGACUGCCCAGGUCGUGAAGACGAAUACGAUUGCACUUCUGUGACGACUACAAGUGUGCCGACGACAACGAUAACGCCUUGCUUAUCCGUGUCUGCCAUGACAAACAAGACUCUGAUUCCAAUUGAAAACAUCAAUAUCAAAUCGGAUGGAAAAAAUGAAACCGACGAUAAGAAAAAGGAGGCCAUUCGGCCAGGGCAGAACAAAGAACCAUUCAAGGGCAAGGGUCCGAUUGAAGUUACCGUCGUUUUGAGUGAGACGACCGCGAAAGAACUUGACCUGAUUGUGCUGCUGAAAACAGUCAACGUAAAAUCCUUCUCAGUGCAGACAAGAAAAUUUCCGACCGACUCAUUAAAGGACAUCGAUAAAGGUUCAAUAACCCGGCAAAGCCAGCCAGGUACUGAUAAUAGGUUCAGUAAUGAUACUAGAAUCAAGUUCAAACCAGGAUCAGUUGCGGUAGUGGUACAGAUUGUUGUGUAUCCUAUUGAUGAGUCUGACAAUAUCGAACUACAAGUGAAAAUCAAGGUGUGCUUAGAACUGGGAUCAACUACCACAGGCACAACUACUCCUCCAGUCACAACUACACCGGAAAAUCCUUGCUUGGAGGUAGAUGGCAUGACUACGCCGUUGAUAAUUCCUGACGGAUCAAUAACGAUAACUGGUGCCAAAAAUGAAGUGAAAUAUUUGAGACCAAAUCCGCCAUCUAGCAACCCAGUAAAGGGGCUCGAAUCAAGCGAUGGCGCCAAAACCAUCACUAUUACCAUUGCAUUUACCCCAAAAAUUGUUCAGUUGGGAUCCUUAUCCUUCGCUAACAUUGAAAAUAUCGAUAGUUUCAAGCUGACAACGGAUAGACCAGGUGAACCUAACAAACCAGUCGGCAAGGAUGAUGUUAUAGGGCCAGACAAGCCUGACAACACCAACACUUUUGAGUCCACCGCGACUGCUGUUUUCAACGCAGGGACACUUGUUACUAGGAUAACUAUCACGGUAUUCCCAGCUGAUGAAAGCAAGCCAUUCUCACUGAAGUCGAAACUGUUUGCCUGCUUCGAGGAAGUGACAACUUCAGUUUCAACGACUACUGUGACAACCUCAACGCCAGUACCUUGCAAGGAGGUAGAGGGAAUGUCGUCAGGUGACAUAAAUGCAAAGAGUGACAUCACGACUGACAACCAAGAUUCAAAGCCAGAGGACCUAACACCUGGCAGUGCAAAUAGAUUUGAGUCAGAUCAAAAAGAAACUGAGCUGAUAAUUACAUUGGUCGAACCAGGGGAACUGCCAGUUGAGGUCAAGAAGAUCGUGCUAUUAAAUCAGACAGGUAUCAAUGGCUUCAGUAUCGAGUAUAAAAAUAACACUGAUGGGAGUGUUAAACCCUUGGAUAAGAAAACGAACCAAAUUCCAUCUGGCGAGAAAUUCGAUGAGGAGGAGGAAUUGGAAUUAAAAGAACCGCUAUUUACAAGGGUCAUCAAAAUUAUCGUUUAUCAAGAAGAACCGGACGUAGCAGUGAAGUUCUAUUUGGAAGUGUUUGCCUGCUUCCCCGUAAAGAACACAACAACUGCACCGCCUACAACGACAACUAGUCCCACAGCAACGCCAGUACCUUGCAAGGAGGUAGAGGGAAUGUCGUCAGGUGACAUAAAUGCAAAGAGUGACAUCACGACUGACAACCAAGAUUCAAAGCCAGAGGACCUAACACCUGGCAGUGCAAAUAGAUUUGAGUCAGAUCAAAAAGAAACUGAGCUGAUAAUUACAUUGGUCGAACCAGGGGAACUGCCAGUUGAGGUCAAGAAGAUCGUGCUAUUAAAUCAGACAGGUAUCAAUGGCUUCAGUAUCGAGUAUAAAAAUAACACUGAUGGGAGUGUUAAACCCUUGGAUAAGAAAACGAACCAAAUUCCAUCUGGCGAGAAAUUCGAUGAGGAGGAGGAAUUGGAAUUAAAAGAACCGCUAUUUACAAGGGUCAUCAAAAUUAUCGUUUAUCAAGAAGAACCGGACGUAGCAGUGAAGUUCUAUUUGGAAGUGUUUGCCUGCUUCCCCGUAAAGAACACGCCCUGUGACAUAACGGAAGGAAUGAACAACCCGGCUAAAAUACCCACGGAGAGCAUCAAAGUCACAGGUAUCACAAACAAAUCUGAGAUAGAGAAAUUGAGGAAGGGCUCGGGUGAUAGCAUGGUUACCAAGCAAUCUGUUGUUACCAUUGACAUUGAUCUCGGCCUAUUUCCAACUGAAGUUCACAGCUUACACUUGCUAGAAAGAGCCAAUGUUGGAACACUAAACCUGCAAUACCAGGCAGAGAAAAAUGGUCCAUAUCAAACGGUCGACAAGUCGGAUGACAUCUUGGGUGAACCAUUUGGGAAAUUCUGUGUCGAGUUCUCCCCGAGAUUAACUGGUGCAUAUAUCAAAUUGUCAAUCUCAGGCGACGGCGAUGAUGUUCCUCAUAUCGCAGACGCGAAAAUAAUGGCAUGUUUUGAAGGACAAAACGUCACUGCACCAACUACUCCAACCAAACCAACGACUAUCACCACUAAAUGCGCGAGCGGAACAGUGUAUUGUGGGAAUAAUGUAUAUGAGUGUGGUAAACAAUGUGACAACAUCACUGACUGUGACAACAGCUUGGAUGAAUUAAACUGCACAUGCAUAGAACCAGACAUUCCAGCCAUCAACUGCUCGAUAUGGUUUUUAAAAAAGUCAUGCUUCGAACCUGGGGAGAUCUGUGAUGGAGAAUGUGAAUGUGAUGAGGAAACUUGGCCAAACUGUCAAGAUGAAGUCGACUGUGCUACAACUACAACAGGCGCACCUCCAGCUACAACGACAACAGGCGCACCUCCAGCUACAACGACAACAGCACCACUAUCACAAUGUACUGAGGUAAAUGGAAUGAGUGACCCAGCGAUAAUUCCGAAAGAUGCCAUUACUGCAACAGGUGUUGAUAGUGUCGAUCUCCAACAACUGAGACCAGGAGGUCCGCCAUUUACUGAAACACAGGACACUUUGACUGUGUCUAUUGUCGUAAAUAAGGAAAGUGAUGUGGAGGUGGGGAAGAUCGUGAUAGUGACCACAAACGUGAGGAGCGUUACAACGACGAUCCCAGCAGAUAAGUUUGUGGCGAAUACAAACACAUUUACACCAGACCAGACGGGCAGUACUGUCAUGCUUCUCGUUGCGGAUGUAAUGUUAAAGAAUGUAAAACUCACGUUUACAAAGAGCAGUGGCCAGCAAGCGAUGACCAUUAAAUUAUCAGUGUUCGCCUGCUACGAAAUAGUUUACGAACCGAAAAUAUUCAGAUUACGACCAAGACACCAGCGUUACUCUGUCAUCUAA